AUGGAGUCCGACGAGUUCCUGAAGAAGCACUACCCGACCGGCCAACAAGAGCCGCCACUGCGCACGCGUCCCUCCACUGGCCGUACCGUACAUCUCACCAGCAACGUCGACUUGGCCAAGGCCCUGAAACAGCUCGAUUUCCAGACCAAGAAGAACAAGACCAGACGCAUGUUCCAGCUGCAAAGAUUUCAUGAGCGUCCGGGAAAGAAGCGCAAGAGACUGAACAGCGAGAGAUGGAGGGCCCGCUUCAAGGAUGGUUUCAAGGCAACGGUGCAGCGGGUGCAAGAACUGAAGAACCAGGGUUGGUAG